AAGAGGGCGCACAUAGACCCCAAAACAUUCAAAUGCCCCGACUGUGACUUUACAGCACCUUCUUGGCCAGAAGUCAAGUCUCACAUGGCCAUGCAUGCAUAUUUGAGGCCUCAUAAAUGCAACAGCUGCAGUUUUGCCUCUAAAAACAAGAAGGACCUGAGACGCCACAUGAUGACACACACCAACGAAAAGCCUUACGCCUGUCAAGUCUGUGGCCAAAGGUUUAACCGUAAUGGCCAUCUGAAGUUCCACAUGGAGAGGCUUCACACUCAGGAACCCUCGCCCCGUAAAACCCGCUCUGUCCCCUCUCAGCAGACCAUCAUCGUUAACAGUGAUGAAGAAGCUUUAGCCACACUGCAGA